GCAAGAGUUAUAUAAUCGAUUAUUUAAUCUUCUGCAAAAUCAUUUUUUGCCAUUGUUUCCCCCAUUUAAUAUUGGAUUAGACGAUAUGUAUGUAUGGCAAUUUCUUGCGGCGAUGGCUGUUGGUGCUUCGACUGAACAGCAACAUAUUCUAGUAACCGAAGUGAGGGAACGAGUAUUGGAAACUGUAAUGCAAGCUUCAAGACUUUCAGCUGAUAAAGCAUCACACAAAAUUGCCAAUGUUAAUUUAUUUUUAAACGCAUUGGGACUUGACGCAUCACAACUCAAAAUUUAA